CCAAAUGCAGAAAAUAAAGGAAAAGAAAAAAAAAAGUAAGGGCUCCUGGGACCAGAUGGUUUGAUACACACAAAGAAUCAAGCACCCCAGAACAAUCUUAUCUGCUUCGGUAAUAGACAUAGCAAUGGCAGCUGCUUCUGCAAUUCAGUACAUUCCCAGAAUUCCACGCGCCUCACUAUCACUUAGGCCUAUUGACAAUGAACAAUCGAAGAUGGUUACAACAAUGAAAUUAGGUGAUCAGAAUCCUCACCUAGUUAACAAGGUUUCAAGAAGGUUACUUUUGCAGCUCAUCGGACUCAGUCCUGUCUCGCUAGAUGUAUAUCCUCUUCUUGCUGUGCAAAAGCCGGAGAUGAAAGAACCUGAUGUGAUUCGUACUCUGAAGCUUCCCAGCGGAGUCAGGAUUCAAGAUAUUGUUGAGGGAGAAGGACCAGAAGCUCAUGAAGGAAAUAGCGUUGAAGUUAACUAUGUGUGUCGGCGCUCAAAUGGUUAUUUUGUUCAUAGUACAGUAGACCAGUUUAGUGGAGAAAGCACUCCAGUUGUACUUCCACUUAAUGAUAACGAGAUUAUAGAGGGUCUGAAGGAGGUAUUGGUUGGUAUGAAAGUCGGAGGAAAAAGAAGAGCACUGAUACCUCCUUCUCUAGGAUAUAUCAAUGAAAACCUGGAACCAAUUCCUGAUGAGUUUGGCCCUCGACGUAGCCUUCUGUCCCAUGCGAACGAGCCUUUGAUAUUUGAAGUGCAGCUCCUGAAAUUAUCAUCUUGGAUGGAGAUGGUGUCCGGCUAUAUUUUCGAAAGAGUGAGCAACAGCUGCCUUCAGGCUUCACUGCCUAAUUUAUGUAUUUGCUGGCUUGCCGCUAAGCUACCAACCAGUGGUCACCCGGAGGAGGAUUAUAAUUUUCAUUGUAUUCAAGUGAAUUCUAUUCAAGUGAAACGUUAUGUUAAAUAAUCGAAGACAAAGAUGAUUUUUUUUUUC